AAUUAGGCCUGUCAGGUAGCACUUACUCUCGGGCCAUGUAGAACAGAAACAACCCCCAUCAAUUUAAUAGGUCAGAUUCAGAUUACAGGAGUAAAACAUUAAAGGUCAUGUGUUGUCUGUGGUUUACUUCUGGCCAUACUUACAAAGGAGGCAGAAUUCAUACAUAGCCCAAGAGGGAGGUUCAAUCUGUAAGGCAAAACUCAGGAAAUGUCGCUAUAUUUACUUUGUUAGCUUUGAGCAACCCGCCAAAUUCAAGCUAGUAGUGUUGGGUUACGAUAUGUGGACUCUGUGGGUUAUAACUCUCUGGUUAACGUUAUUUCACUAGAGUGCUCCACGAAAUGGCAAUGUGGAGCGACGCUGAACUUCUGACCAACGAGGAUUCAAGCACUCUCCGUUUAGGCAGUGGGCCAAGCGAGGAAUAUGGUAGCGGCCUGUAUCAGGUGGAUACACUGGUCAAAAUCUCCAAUGCCAGUGAGGUGAGGACGGAUCCCCAUCUCUCCUCCUCCAGUGGUUCAAACUGGAGCAUUGUUGUUGCUGACAAGACUGUUAUCCUCUUUGACCAGAAUUAUCAGACCAUCCUGCUGCUUCUUCACUUUGAAACUGAUGUGGAUGCCAUUGAUGUGUGUAUGGAAGGAAAGUUUUUGGUAGUCUGCGAAAGAAAUGGAAACCUUCAUUUGAUCUAUGUUCCACACAAGAGAAUCCUUCUCACCAGAGCUUUGGUAGAGAAUUCAUCCAGUGGAGAUAAGAAAACAUAUCGCUAUCUCAUCCUAGAAGAGGACAAGGCGUCCCUAGGGAUGUACCAUGUGUUCCUUCUCAUAAAGGAUGGUUUUUUCCACAUUACAAACCUCGCUUUGGCAAAGAUUGAGACAGCCAUUAAGAAAAUUGACGAUGUGGGAGCUUUGAAAGAGCUCCAGUCUCUCAUCAAGAUAGACUUCUGCUCCACCAAGGAUCACCAUGAUGAGGGCUGCAGUACUGCAGUGAUGUUCAGUCUGGGCCAUGAAAUGCACUUGAUGAUUGGGGGGGAGAAAGAAAAUGUUGUGACUCACUGGAUGAUGGACCCUCAUAAGGCCAAGAUGUCCCUUGCUCACUCUGUUGACAACAGCUUAAUCCCAGGUGUCAGGAAGAUGGUGGUGGUGGAGAACCUCCUGUAUAUUCUUGACACCGAGGAUGCCCUGAGUCUUUGGGACCUGCAUUUCCUUGUCAUGGUUCACUGUUGGACAGAUCUUUCUGUUCAUGACUUUGAACUCACCACAGAAUGUGGCUCUGCCUCCAUGGUUGCCCAAGACAGGGGCAGCAUGAAGAUGAUCACACUGACAAAGCAGGACAGCAGCCAGAUCAGUUCACUGCAAAUCCGAUUUCUGCCCUCUAUGACAGUUUGCUACUCUCUAGAUGUCUCCUCAGUCUCCUGUCUUGUUCAGACAAAAAUAAACAUGGACACAAUUUAUAUAGUCGAGGGCAUUUGUGAGAACCCUGAAAGUCGUGGAGAGCCUGUGUCUGCUGUUGUUGUCAGAUGCUUCACAGAGGCUCUGCCAGAGAACCGACUUAGCAGACUACUUCACAAACACAUGUUUGAAGAGGCUGAGAAGUUUGCCAUCACAUUCGAGCUGGAUUUAGAACUUGUUUACAAGGUGAAGCUCGACUUUGUGCUGGAGCAGCUGGCUUCUGCAUCGGUGGGUGGCUAUGGACAGGAUGUGUGGUCUGAACUCGUGGAUGAGGCAAAGACCAACCUGAUGAAACUCACGGAUGAACAGUAUGUAGUGGAAUACUGCCUCAAGGCUCCAUGGCCAACCUUUGAGACAGCGGAAAAGAUGCUGAACCAUGCUGCUGCACGAUACUCAUCUUUACAGAUCCAGGAGGCCUUGGCCAGGCUAGCAACAUUCUGCAGCCUUCACAGCCUGGAAGAUUUCAAUGGCAUUGCCUGGAUUGAGUUUCUGAACUGCACCGACAAUUUAGGAGAGAUUCUGACCCACCUGAGAGAAGGAAACUUGAAGGGUGCACAGCUCCUUUGGCUCAGAUAUGAGGGACAGAUUGCAGCAGAAUUCGAUGAGAACAAGCUUGAAGCUGUGCUCGGUGCCAUCCCAGAGGACCUGUCGUCCCAAGACCUCUGUCCUUGGUUUAGGACAGUUUUUGUUCCUUUUGUCAGGAGAAUACUCCCAAAAGGGCAGAAAAUCUUGGCAAGGUGGUUGGAGCAGAGGGCAAGGAAUCUCGAGCUAACAAAAAAGAGUGACUGGCCCCAGAAUGGCUUAGACCUGGCAGUGCUUGGACUGCCCUCUUUAUGGACAUGGAUGAAAUCUGGUGAUAAUUAUGGUGCAGAAGAAGUAGAAAAACUGAAAUCCCUGGUCUCCAACCUCCGUCAGCUGCUGGACCUCCACUGUAAAUACAACUGCAGGCUUUCACUUUCAGUCUUUGAGAAGGGAAGCGUACGGAGUGUUGCGUUCUUUAUGCUGGACAACGUGCCAGCUCCAGAACUGAUCACUGCCACUGUGCAAAACAGCGUUCUGCCAUAUGCUGAUGAGCAUCAGAUUCCUUUGGAUGAGCUGCUCCUGCAGUACAUCAAGGAUCUGCUGGAGCGGUGCAGUUCUCAGACCACUACACUUUUCACAGAAUGGGAAGCCAAAGCAGUGGCUGUGCUGGGUUGCAUGACAGAUACUGAUUUGAUGGUGGAUGCUGUUCUGGAGAUCAUGCAGAAAGCUGUAGUGCCCUGGAGUAAUGUGGUGGAAAAUCUAGUUCAGCAGUACCUAGAGAUGGAUGGGCCAAAACAAGAGCUUUUAAAGGAGAGCUACCGUCUCAUGGAGAUAAGGAAACUUCUCAGGGGCUAUGGGAUCCGCAAUUUCAACCUCUCCAACAGCACUCAAGUUAUGACGCUGAUUAGAUACAUCCUGAAGCAAGAUUUACCAAUGUCUUUAGACGACUCCCUGACUUUAGCUGAGGCAUACAAACUUCCAACCUUGCAGAUAAAUUACUUGUAUCUCAUCCAGCUUAUAGGCCAAGGCAAGACUGAGGAAUGCAUGACUGUCCUGAAGAAGCUGUCCUCUUCAGAAGCUGAGCGUGUGGUUGAGCGCCUCACAUCCUGGGCUAGGCUGCAGCUGGAGGACAAAGUCCACAUAUCUGAGGAGCACAAGAAGCACCAGAUGGUCAUAGCUCAGGUGGUGGUGGAGGUUCUGAAAUACCUGCACAUAAUCCAAAAAAGUGAUGCUCUUAAAAGCAUGGAGUGUGAGAGUAACCUCGCCAUGUUCAAGGCGAUCGCCCAUCUACAGGAGGACUUUGAUAUUUUCUUCACCCCAUCUAACUAUGAAGAUCCAAGCAUCAGGAAACAGAUCCAGGAGCAUCACAUCACAGCCUAUGAAAACACACGUGGCCGCCAUUCAUCUAAGGGGAACACUGCCAUGACUCCCAUUGUGGCUAAUGAUCCAGAUGGCAAGACCAAGACUAUCUCCACAGAAGCUGGCUUGCGUCGUUUAGGAAGGCAGCUGCAGCGCACCGAACAGGAGCUCUGGUCUGACUUGUCCCUGCGAGCUUUGAAAGUGGGCAAAGUGGACAAGGCACUCAAGAUCCUCAGUGAGCUGUAUGAACACCACUAUAACACCAGCACAGGGAAGGUGCUGUUCACUGCUGCCAAGACAUUAUGCCAGAUGCUGGAGGCAGAUGUGCCCAUGGUGCUCCCUGAUGACAUGGACUUGCCAGCAGUCAUUCAUAAUCUGGCCUGCCAGGCCAUCACAGUGUGCCACUCAGAUCUGCUCCUGGACUGUCUGGAGCUGUGCAAGUGCACACGGACAGCUAUGGACGUCUAUCAUCAGUGUCAGUUAUCAGACAACUAUGGCUUCAUAGCCAAGGAUUUGAACCUGGAAGCAGAAAAAGAUCCAUAUUCUCAGUGGAGUUUUCAUGAUGUUUUUAAUGAAGAUUGCAUUGUUCUGGACCCAGUGUCUGUGCUUCCCGUCCAGUAUGAAAUUACCAACUGUCUGCUGCCUAUUCCUCAGGAUACUAAACUCUAUCCACUGGACUGUUCCUGUCUGUCUCACUGCUCAUUUGAAGAUGGUUCAAACUACAUGCGGCCCCUCCUGGGACCCCUGUCCAACAUGUUGCAGAUGUUACAGGAGUGCAGUCAGCUGGAGCUAGCCCUCAGAGUGCUGGUCAACUCGUACUGCAGCUGCUUGCAGCACGUCACCUCUAACGUAAUGGACAUAAAGCUAGGCAUCCAGCUUUAUGAUGCCCAAGCGCUUAAGAUGUACAAUAAAUGCUUGAGUGAGCUCCGAAAGACAACUACAUCUUCUCUGAAUGCUGUGGCUGUGGCCCUUCUGAACAAGGUGUUCAACUGGAGGGUUGUAGAUUGUGAUUUGGCUAUUGCACUCUGUACACUCCUCUCCAAAGCAGAAGUCUUCAAAAUACUGUGGAAGGUUAUUGACAACACCUGGCAAAAUUAUGACAAAAUCUUGUCUGUUGCCAGGAUUGGGGCUGAUCUCUGCUGCUUAUAUGAGGAGGCAGAGGAGCAAGAGAAGUUUCUCUCUGUCAUCACUGAUGCUGAGUGGGGCAUCAAGCUCGGGAAAUUAGAGAUAUCGAUCCAGCCAGUGUUCCGUCAGCGGCCUGAGAUGAAGAGUAGCCUGAUCCCUGUUCUGGUGAAGAACAGGAGGAUCACCCCUGACAUUAUCCUUCAGUACUGCGGCACCUUUGGUCUAGACUGUGACCACAUGAUCAACCAGUACAUUACCACCUUGCUCCUGCUCCAGGAGGAGGAGGACGGCGCAGGUGACCCAGGUACAGGGCAGGGAGAGGUGCAGCCUCUGUGUCAUGCAGACGCACUGGAACGAGUCCUGCAGGUUAUCCCGAUGUUACACAGCACGAGUGAGCUCACCGGCAGUCUCUGUGCUGCCCUGUUCAAGCUCAGUCCUUAUAACUAUGAGAGGAUUGAAGUAGUGCUGAAGAUCAUACAGGUUGCAGAUGAGAAUGUGACCAGCUUUUCUGUUAGUCAGGCAAUGGGCCUCCUUCAGCACCUGAAGUCAUACAAGCGAGUCUCUCCUCCAUCAGACAUGGAGAACACGUAUCUUUUGGAAAACGGCUUGCUGCCAAACCCCUUGUCCAAGAGUAGGCUGCCCUUCCACCUGCUGAUGCAGAGCAAACAUUACUGGAAAAUUGUCUCUCCUGAACUCAGUGAGGAGACCUUCUGCAUAAUCACAUAUGAUAGAUUUAUCAGUUUAUUCAUAAACCUUGACAAGUUAUACAUGUCAGCAGUAAAUCAUGUGUUUGAGAAAAAGAUGAAACCUCUGCUCUUAGAGCAGAGGAAAAGGGCUCAGGGUCGUGGCUACAAUAAGGAGACUUUCAAGGUGGCCAAGACCAUGAUGACAUACAUCCAGUGCAUCCAGAGCCCACAGUGGGCUGCUGCCACGGCCCACAAGAUCACCCAGGAGCUGCCACCAGGCCUGGAGAAGACUCAGUCACUUGGGUUCUGUUUGACUCUUGGAGAGGCAUGGCUAAAAGAUCCAAACCUUGAGGAGGCAGAGCGUGUCAGAGGGGAGACCUUUCUGUCCAAGCUGAAGCUACAGUUCCAGCGCUCAGCUACUGAGAACACCUUGAUUUCCAGCAAGCUGAACAGCCCGGAACAUUUGAAACUGAUCGGGCUGCCAGCUAGGCUCAUAGUGGCCCUGUACGAGCACAGCAGUGUGGAGCAGUGCUACAGCGACUUGGGAGGUCACGCUUAUCCUGACAUACACACUGUGGUUAAGGAAAUAGCCACAAUCAACAAUGUGGAUCUUCUGAAAAUCCGUAACAUGAUGCUGGAAAAAUGGAUCUGCAAAACAGGCCCAGCCAUGGCCAAGGAUAUUGGUAAUCAUGAAUGUGUCAGCAACAUUGAGGGGGACCCAGACUUAAUGAGGGUGGUGUACAUGCUCCAGGCCUGCCCCAUGGAUGACGCUGUUCGUCUUCUAAGCCCAGUUUUGUCUGCUGAAACCUGGCCCCUCAGCACUUCUGGACCUCGUCUGACCUUCUGCCAUCGAACUCGAGCUCUGCUCUGUCUAGUUCGCCUUGCUGAUGCGGCCACUCUCGAGGCUCGGUUGCAGAUCCCCAGAGCCAAAAUCCAAUAUUACCUGAAGUGCUACAUCUUUGUCUCUCAACUGGAGGCGCUGAAUAUCCCCUAUACGGUGCAGUCUUUCCUUAAUAGUCCCAAAGAGGGCUUGGUUAAAGGGCUGUGGAAGAACCACAGCCAUGAGCCACAGGCAGUGCGGUUGGUGGCAGACCUGUGCUUGGAGUACCAGGUGUACGACCCUCAGCUGUGGAACAGCCUGCUUCAGAAUCUGCUGGGCUUCAACUUGAUCAGCCACCUCCAGAAGGUUUUAGAUGCAGCAGUGGCUGUGCCUGCACUGUGGGAGAUUCCUAGCUUCUCCAGGACCUGGAGGAGCAUGAUACUGGCCCCCUUUGUCUCAGCUUCUGUUCCUCUGAGUCCUGAUCAGCAGGCGACAUUCUACAGGACCUUUGUUCUCCUCCUCAAAUGCCCUUUCCUGUUGAAUCUGGACUUGAUUGGAAUUGCCAAUCGUUUUGCACAGUUCAAUCUGCAUGCGUUUGCCCUGGGAACUCUCCUUCUCAUCCCCUGUGCCAGUAAAAAAGCUCAGCAGAUCCAGGGCUUUCUGUCCGUCUGUAACCCAGUCGCCAUCCUUGAACAGACAGAAGAGCUUAUGAACACUGGGGAAUUGGCUGGAAUCCCCUCACAGAUCAGGGAGUCUGUGUUAACUUUCAUCAGCGAAAGCAGGCAACACCACAGACUGCUCAAGACCAAACACUUCGAGCACCUGAAGCAGCUCAUAGUGUCAAGUGGUCGGCCCAACCAGGUGAAAGACUUGGUGGACUACCUGGUCAGCCAGAACUGUCAGGAUGAUGCUGACUCGCUGGCUCGUGACUACAUGAAACACAGAGAGCAGAAACGAGGGCAAACGCUGACAAACGGCUCACCUUCCCCAGGCUGCAUGAAGGACUUUCUCAACAUGUAAAAUGGAGUUUCAGGACGAACCCUCUUCUUUCUGCUAUACAGCAGAAACGGGCACAACUUCCCCCACUGUCAAGGUGAACAGACAAGGGAAAAACUAACUGAAAAGCAAAAAGGCCCCUCUGAACUACACUUUUCAGACCCUGAUCUCUCAGCAGCUUGGUUCAUGGCCACAAAGGAGCAUCAUCCCAAACAUUUAAAGAUUUUAUGUCUGUUUUUUGUUGUUGUUGUUGUUGUUUUUUAGAUGAAACUAAAAACUGAUCAAGUUUCAGGUUAGAGUUAGAAAAGGACAACAAUCACAUAUGCACAUAUGUAGGCAGGUGGGCGAAUGACACAUUGACUUCCCUUUCAGGUUCACUUGAAUUCUAAAGCUGAUUACAAAAGUAGGAAGUUGUGGCUGGGAGUGUUAGUCUUAUGUUUAUCUUCUGAUAUCUUUGUUGAAAUGACUAAUCAAAGGCUGGGUUUACAGUACACGUCAUCCACAUACAGUAGGUCUGUGUUGUAAAACCUUUACAUUAUGUUUAUUGUCUUAGUUUUAUUUGUUUAGUAUUGAGGAUUUGAAUCGUGUUUGAUUCAACUCGACAGUGAGAAUAAAAAAAACUACACCAAAUUAUCUCCUUGUAAGAUAAAGGUUAGCAUAUAUCUCAUAUACUGUAUUUGCUAAUGCAGAUUAUACUGUCAAUCAUAGAAGGCCAAGCAUUUCAUAUAAUGUUGAUAAAUGUUGAUAAUUUAAAGCCAAAACAAUAAGGCCUUAUACCCACUCACACUCUUCUUGCAGUUUAGUCAUCUCAAUCUGCAUCUGUGCAACUUCCUGUUGUUCUGAAUCCCUGCACUUUGACACGUCCUCACACACAGCAUUUCUAUUGCACAGGUCAAGCCAUUAUAAAG